CGCACAGAGCGUGACUGCGUCAUGACGAACGCGUUACGUGAAGCUCUGCGCUCCGCUCAUCUACGCACACACAGGACUCGGCCUUGAUCCUCUCGCCGAAUAACACUUUUGAACGUCACAGGCCCACUCUGUCUAAGCUGGAGUGGCUGACAUGAGUGACACUCUGGAAUUCAAUGAAAUUUAUCAGGAGGUCAAGGGCACCUGGAAUGAUGGCCGUCUGCGCUUCAGUAAGCAGACAGUGGUGUUUAAAAACAGUAAGACCGGGAAGGUGGACAGCAUUUCGGUCUCUGAGCUCACUCAGGCCCAGUGGAGGAGAGUCUGUCUGGGUCACGGCAUCAAACUGUGCUCCAGCACUGGCCACAUCUACAAAUAUGAUGGCUUCAAAGACACUGACCUUGAGAAGAUCUCAGAGUACUUCAAAGCCAACUACAAAGUGGAGCUGAUGGAGAAAGAUAUGAGUGUGAAGGGCUGGAAUUGGGGCACUGCUAAAUUUAAUGGGCCAUUGCUUUCAUUUGAGGUGAAUGACAGUCCUGCAUUUGAGAUUCCACUCUCCAGUGUAUCCCAGUGUGCUACGGGAAAGAAUGAGGUCACUGUGGAGUUUCAUCAGAAUGAUGACACAGAGGUAUCCCUCAUGGAGGUGCGCUUCUACGUCCCACCCACCACAGGAGACGAGGGUUCAGACCCUGUGGAGGCAUUUGCUCAGAACGUUCUGUCUAAGGCAGAUGUCAUCCAGGCUACAGGAGAUGCUGUGUGUAUCUUCAGAGAGUUGCAGUGCCUCACACCUAGGGGCAGGUACGAUAUCCGUAUUUAUCCAACAUUCCUCCAUCUGCAUGGUAAAACAUUUGACUACAAGAUCCCAUACACCACAGUGCUCCGCCUUUUCCUGUUGCCUCACAAAGACCAGCGGCAGAUGUUCUUUGUGAUCAGUCUGGACCCGCCCAUUAAACAGGGUCAGACCCGCUAUCAUUUUCUCAUUCUUCUGUUCUCCAAGGAAGAGGACAUCAGCCUCACUCUCAACAUGAACGAGGAUGAGGUGGAGAGACGUUUUGAAGGAAAACUUAAUAAAAACAUGUCUGGCUCUCUUUAUGAGAUGGUCAGCAGAGUCAUGAAGGCCCUGGUCAACAGGAAGAUCACAGUGCCUGGAAAUUUCCAAGGUCACUCAGGAGCUCAAUGUAUAACAUGUUCAUAUAAGGCCACUUCAGGGCUGUUGUAUCCUUUGGAAAGAGGUUUUAUCUAUGUACACAAGCCUCCGGUGCAUCUGCGCUUUGAAGAGAUCGCCUGCGUGAACUUUGCCCGUGGAACCACCACCACCCGCUCCUUCGAUUUCGAGAUUGAGACCAAGCAGGGCAAUCAGUACACCUUCAGCAGCAUCGAGAGGGAGGAAUAUGGUAAACUCUUUGACUUUGUCAAUGCUAAGAAGUUAAGCAUCAAGAACAGAGGCUUUAAAGAGAAAAAGGGUAUGAAAGGUAAUGACAACAUGUACAGCGACUCAGACGACGACCAGCAUGAUGCAUACCUGGAGCGCAUGAAAGAAGAGGGCAAGAUCCGUGAGGAGGCCAAUGACAGUGACGACUCAGAGGGCGAGAGUGAUGAAUCUUUUAAUCCUGGAGAAGAAGAUGAUGAAAUUGCGGAGGAGUACGACAGUAAGGCCUCUGCCAGUGAAAGCAGCGCUGAGGGUGGGGACAGUGAUGAAGACCGCAAGAAGAAACCAGCCAAGAAAGCAAAAUUUGUAAAAGAAAGAAAACCACGCAAGAAAGAGAAAAAGGCAAAGGAUAGCAGUGCCCCCAAGAGACCAAUGAGUGCCUACAUGCUCUGGCUGAACGCUAGCAGAGACCGCAUUAAAUCAGAGCACCCAGGCAUCUCUGUCACAGAGAUCUCAAAAAAAGCUGGAGAAAUGUGGAAACAAAUUGGCAAAGACAAGAAAGAGGAGUGGGAAGGAAAAGCAGAGGAAGCAAAGAAAGAGUAUGAACGAGCGAUGAGAGAGUACAAGGAGAGUGGUGGAGGAUCUUCAGGCAGCUCAAAAAAGGAGAUGAAAAAGAAAGGAGGGAAGAAUGAAGAAAAGAAGAAAAGGAAGUCAGGUGGUGGGAGGGAGAAAGAGAAGGAGCGAGCAACAGGCAACGACAGCUUUAAAAGUCGAGAGUUCAUAUCCAGUGAAGAGAGCUCAUCAGAGUCAGAAAAAGGCAAGGGACGGAAGCGCAAGGGGUCUGAUGAUGAAGAGGAAGUGGUCAGCACACCGCCAAGCUCUGAGUCGGGCUCAGACUGAAAGACACUAAUGAGAGACAUAAACAGGGAGGAGUGAAAGAAAACCCUUUCUUAUAACUUUCAUCAUUUCAGUGUACAUGACCUGAUGAAAUCCUGAUAGUACAUACACUCAUAAACACUUGUGUUUAUACCUUUGGUAGUGUUGACUUUUAAUGGAAUAGCUCACCAAAAAAUGAAAAUUCUGUCAUUAUUUACUGACCCUUACAGUAUGUCAUUUCAAUCCUGUAUGACUUUUUCUUUCUGAAUGAGGACUGAAGCUUUCAAUGAUGCAAAGGCACCAUAAAUGUCUAAUAAAAUUAGCACAUACAACUAGAACAUUAUAUUCCAAGUUUUGCCGAGUUACACAGUAGUUUUGUGUGAGGAACAACGAAAUUAUUGUUCACUGACAUGACAUUUGGCUCAAUUCAGAAGAAAAGAAGGAAUGUGAUUUGUGAACAAAACAUUCUUUUGAGAUGGAUCUUUUUAUGGGCUGAUCCAGUUCUCAAAUAGGUUUAAAUGUUUUUCAUAAAUCAGAAACAGUAAUUCAUACAGGUUUGGAACAACAUGAGGCUAAACUAUUCCUCUAAAUCAGUGUGUAUUCAUUUAAUGUCGUCCUGUACUUGUUCAGAUCACUAUGUUUAUCUGUUUGUACAGAGAUACUUUACAGUGCUGCUUUCUAAACAGAAUCGAAACUGCAUCUUUGACACAUCUAUUGAGCUUGCUCUGUGUAUUCGCAUUGAAUGACAGUUAUGAAACACAAAACAAUAAUUUUUUUACAUUUGUAUUCACCUUAAACUUUGAUUUCCAUCCGAGCUCGAUGUUUAUUUUAUACAGUAUUAUGAAAUGUUGUUUUGCGCACACAUUACUAAUUGUACAUGUUUGUUGAUGCAUUAAAUAAUACAUUUUAAAAAUG